AUGCAAAAGGUAUAUUAACGAAAAAUUGCCUGAAACGGCUCAAAAAUUGCGAAAUUCAGGCUAUUCCCGUAAUUGGAGUGCCGCCGGAGGAGCGGACGCCGAUGCAGAAGGAAAAUAAGACGAAGAAGGUGGAGAAGUAAUAAAAUUAAUAGAAAAACACUGAACAUCAUCGAUUUCCUUGCAGACCGCCCGAAAAACCAAAACCUCCGGGAGUUCAAGACACAAUUGCGCACGCAACGCUCACCGCCUGCGAAACCAUGCUCACAGAGGAGGAGAGAAAAGCGUACAACCUCUUCUGCCAUGAAAUUAAUGUAAAACCUGCUAAAAAAUGUUUGAAAAUACUCGAAAAACUCCUCAGAAAGUGCCCGAAAUUGUUGGCCUACCGAAAAACUUCAAAAAGAAGGCGAAGCGGCGUUGGAAGUACCAGUGGCUCAGAAAUCGAGCAAAAAUCAUGACGGGCGGUGCGAAGUUUGCGCCCAAAUUGGAAUACGAUCAGAAAGCGGUGGCCGAAGUGCUGAAAACCAUGAAGGGAAUGACCAUAAAGGCGGCGAAAAACGCUCAAAAUUCGAUUGGCCCGCCAAAAUUGUCAAAUAAACAAAAAAAGCAGCAGGCGGAGACACAUAAAAAACCGCCGCCGCUUAUGGCAAACUUGAUCGCCGAGCCGCCGGUUACGGAUCGAUCGAUGAUCCCGGAUUAUCGCGGAAAUGAGCCCAGACACUAUCAAGGCGGCUACGGCGGAUAUCAGUAUCUGAACAACGACUGGUGGGUGAAAAUUGUCUCGCGCUUCAUUUUUCCCAUAUUUUUCCUCAAAAACGUCAACAUUUGCAGGAUAACGCCGAACCAACCGAACAACUGGAACACCCCGGAACCACAACCGGAUCCCUACCAGACACCCUUCCAGACUUCCUCUUUUUCCUCUUCUUCCUAUCCGUCGAGAAACACCUACUCGAGUUUCCCCGGCUCCUCCGCUCCUUCCUCCUACGCCACCGCCUUCCCCUCCGCCGCAUUUCCGUCUUUGAACUGUUCGCCAGCCCCGCCCACUUCUUCUUUCGCUUCCGUCCUUCCGGAGAUUAUCAGCGAGGUCGUAAGAGCUGAGCAGAUGAGCCAGGAGCCGUUGAGCACUCACUUCUCUUCGUAUUCGCUAUCAGAUCCAAUGACUUCGAUGCCGAAUCAAAGUGCGUGGAGGCCGACAACGUCCACCGGAGGAUCGGAUCAAUCGGCGAUGCAGAGAAGACUGGCGGAAAUCGAGCAGGAACUGCAGGAGAUCGAGCAGAAAAAGAUCGAAAUGGCGAUGCAGGAAGAAGUGCGGAGACGGGAGGCCGAGCUGCGAGAACGCGAACGGUGGAUCGAGAUGCGCGAGCGCGAGAUUCGGGAACUGGAGAAGUACGGAAGGGGAAGAGAGCGGAGCAGGUCCAGGAGCAGGGAACGGGACAGGGACCGCAGAAGGUAAGAAUAUUGUCGUAUUCUUGGCGCUAACCAGAUUCCCUGAGAAGCUGGGCUUCAUUGCUAUUUGUUUGUUAACUGAGUGUUCAAAAACCUAGUUUUCGCGAGAAAAUGACGGUUCUUACCAACUUUCUCAUAGCUCAAGACUGUCUGAUAUCAGUUAGGUUCAACACAAACGAACUGUGAGAUCAGAAUUUUUGUGCUUGAAACUCUAAUAGCGACAAACAGUUUGUAUGGUUCAUUCUGAUGUUCUGAGCAUUAGACACCUCAAGACUGAUGUCGAUUAUUGAUGUUUGCUGUAAUCUUAUGAGCACGCUUACUUUGAAACGUCCCCGAUUGUAGGGUAUAUCUUCUAACUUCUUCCACAAACCUGUAAGCAUCGCGAUGUAGUUCUCGUCCUUCUGGUAAGAUCUACGAUCCAAAACGAGCAGAUCCACAUUCUGCCCGGUUUUGAGAUGCACCAGCCUCUGCUGAGAAUUCUGCGAUCAAAAACUUGAAAGGGCAAACGUUUUCACCUCAUCAGGCUUUGUGUAAUUGAAUCUCCAUGCCGAAAUAUGUGUUAGACUAUUCCUGACAAUUCCCAACUCCACAGCAACCGACGACAAUUGCAGCAGCCGUCCGAGUAGUGACCACCACCACCACCAGUACCAUCAUCGUCCGACGUCCUACACGACACGUGGAUACAUCGACACUCGUCCGGCAAGCUACGCCAACGAGAUAAGCAUCGAACAGAGAGACCGUUUGCGCGAGGAAAGGAACGCGGCAGCGGCGCGGCGGCACGGACAACGCGGCAAUCGCGAGAAACGAUUCGGACCGAGCGUGGGCGGAGAUCGAGAAGCGGAGAGGAACAGGAAGCGAGAAGGUAGCGGCAGACUUCCGAAUUAAGAGACGUUCAUCGAUUUUUCGUUUCGUUUUUACUUUCUAUUGUUUUACACCAUCUUUUUGUUGGAAAUUCAGCCGGAACUGUCUAAAUAUAAAACAUUUAGGCUCGUCGAAGCGUGAAGUGAAUCGGUCCGGACGAAUUCAAGCGGUCGUGUCGCGCAAACAGCCCAGGCUCGGCGAUCUCAAAACGGAGGCAAUCAGCGACGAUGAGCAAUAG